AUGUUGGCGCCCAUCUUCGACAACACCAUUGCCAACAUGUCUGAAAGGGGACAAUUUCGAGGUGGUCGUGGGCGAGGCGAUCGUGGUGGUCGAGGAGAUCAUCGUGGCGGACGUGGCGGCAACCAAGGUGGCGCUCAAGCCGAUCGGAAGAAGGAAAACAUCCUUGACUUGACCAAAUAUACGGACAAGGAGAUUGUUGUCAAGUUCAACGGGGGACGGGAAGUGACUGGUCUGCUUAAAGGCUAUGAUCAACUGAUGAACCUGGUUCUCGACAACGUGAAGGAAGUACUGAGAGACGACGAAGGCAACACAAGUACCAGGGAUCUCGGACUGCUAGUGGCGCGAGGCACGCUUCUUGUGCUCAUAUCCCCAGUGGAUGGCAGCGAGGAGAUCGCGAAUCCGUUCAAUCAACCUGAGGAUGAUGAGUGA